ACAACAGCGUCGAUAAGCACGCCCGCCUUCUUGUGAAAUUAGCGGAAAAUCAGAUUUUAAGCAAUCUGAAGAAGCCGCAUAAUGAGCACCUGGAAUCCGGAGAACGAUGUGGACCUGCUGUCUGGGUCCGAGGACGAGGAGGAUGUGUCCAUGAAGCGGGACUACCAUGGGCGCGAGGCCAUUCUCUUCGUGGUGGACGCCAAUCUGCAGACAGCCGGCAUGGAGCGCCUCUUGGAGGCACUGAACAUCAUCCGUACUGCCUUUAUAUCCGGAAUGCUGGUCAACGACAAGGACCUCAUCGGACUCAUCUUCGCCAACACCAAGCACAGUCCGCCGCCACUGGAAGCCAGUGCAUUGGACAACAUCGUAAUGCCGGAUAACUGCGCGGUGUUUUUGCCCCUUCGCCAACUAACCAAACCCAUUGUGGAGCACUAUCUUGAGUUCAUGGGCGGAGUGGAGACGCAGUUCGGCGAUGUUUAUGGCCUGGCGGAGCCCGAUGGUCGCGGCAGGUUUGACCUAAUGAUCCGGCUCUGCAUCGAGAUGCUCGAAAAGUGCGGCAAGAAGCUAAACAACGCCAAGAUCGCCUAUCUCACGGACGUCAGUGAACCUCAUCCAUCGAACAGCAAUCAUUUCCAGGCUGCAUUGCAAAAGGCCAGCGAUCUGGAGGGCAAGGAGUUCGAGUUUCAUGUCAUUCCCAUGGUCGAUGACUUUGACUACGAGCCGUUUUACAAGGAGUUCAUCACGUUGUCAAGAGCCAUCGAACUGGACUCUUUCCAGGUGCCAGAUGCCCAGAUGCUGCGCGAAAUCCUGUCCGAUCGUAAGCUGAAGCAGGAUUUCCUUCGCCGAUGCCUGGGUCACUUCAGUUUUUACUUGGGCCCCAACCUAUCCAUGUCCGUACAGUACUACAAUUACUUUCAGCGACGCGCCUAUCCGCGCAAGGUGCAAAUCCUGCGAAGGGACAAUAGUGUGGUGCGCACCAAGCGAGUGAUUACGGUGCAAAAACAGAAGGACGAUGGCUCGCAGGAUAUCGAGCACGAGUAUCAGAUAAAGGUGACGGGCGGUUGGUACACUUGCAACGUGGGCGAGAAGGAUCUGCGCAUCAGCAUGGAUCAGUUGAAUAGGGUGCGCAAUCUGCACAAGCCGCAAAUGAUGCUGCUGGGUUUCAAGCACCGAUCCUCUCUUCCCGAAGUUAGCUACAUCAAGCCUGCGAACUUUAUGUACCCCGAUGAUCAGAGCAUCAUUGGAUCGAAGCGCUUGUUCCGCGCAUUGUGGGAGCGAUGCUUGGUGCGCGACAAGAUUGCCAUUUGCCUGUUCAUGAGCAAGCGCAAGUCCAUACCUCGCUAUGUGGCGCUUGUGCCAGUAGAGGCCCCAGAUAAUGGGGAAGAGAAGACCUACCGUUCUCUGCUCUGCGGCGAUGGAUUCAAGAUUGUCUACUUGCCGGAGGCCAAGCACAUUCGCCACCUAGACAUGCAGGACUGGAACAAUACGGAAAACACUGCUGACGAACAGAAAGUCGAGUUUUUCCAAAAGAUCAUCAAGAAGCUGCGCGUUGACUACCAGCCGAAUCUCAUUAACGACCCAAGUCUGGACGCCCUGCAGGCGAAUCUUCUGGCCCUCUCCCUGGACUUUUCGACGGAUACCAAAGGUCUCGAUAAUCUGCUGGACACCACGCAACAGGACAAGCGCAUAGAAAAGCUGCUGCCGGACUAUGAGAUGUUCGCUGCGGAAGUGGAACCCCCUAAAAAGCGAGCAGCCAAGUCCACCACAGCGGGAGCGAGCGCUCCCAAAAUGGCCAAGAUCGACGAUAAUCAACUCAAGGAAUUCGAAUUCGUAAAGAGCCUAAUCAAGGAUGGGGCUCUGAUGAGGUGCACGGCCGCCCAGCUGCAUUUUAUUCUGCAGCAACACUUCGAUGUUACAAUGCCCAAGUUGGUAAAGGAAAAACUGGUGGCCAAAAUCGAGGAACUACAUAAGUAGUUAACAUAUUCCAUGCUAUAAAGUGAUAAAUCUUUACCAAUCUAGUUUGUUAAUACCAUUGGUAAACUUAGGAUUAGAAAAGAAUGUUUUGUUGUCCGAAUUGUUAAUUAAAUACAUACCAACACAUAAA